CAGCUGACGCAAGAACAUCUCGGAACCUCACUCCUGCUAUAAAACUACCAUGGAAAAUUCAACUAAAAUACUGUUUGUUCUACAAGGAUUCAACGAGACAGUGUCAAGCAAACAAACAUACUUUUUCCUCACUCUUCUUGUUUACCUUUUCACUGUUUUAGUGAACCUGACUUUGAUUACAACAAUUAUUCUGGAAAAAACGCUACAUGAGCCCAUGCUUAUAUUUCUCUGUAACUUGUGUGUAAAUGGGAUAUUUGGUGCCUCUACAUUUUAUCCUAAAAUAUUGGUGGACCUUUCAUCUGACUUGAGUGUUACUUCAUAUGAAGCUUGCCUGGCCCAGAUUUUUGUAAUAUACAGCUACGUUUUCUGUGAAUUCACUACAUUAGCAAUGAUGGCUUAUGACAGGUAUGUCGCGAUAUGCAAGCCGCUCAACUACCACUCCAUCAUCACGCCUCAGAGGGUCAUGAAAUUGCUGCUGUUUACCUGGCUUUUAUCCAUCUGUGAAUCCGUUAUUGUGGUGGCCCUUGUAGCCAGACUACCCCUCUGUGGAUUCAACAUUGAAAAGAUUUAUUGCACAGCUUGGGCAGUGGUGAAGCUGUCAUGCGUGGAUACCACGAUCAAUAACGUAUACGGGUCCAUUCUCAUGUGUUUUCACAUUUUACAAGCAGUGCUGAUCUUGAUUUCCUAUGUUAAUAUCAUAAAAGUUUCUGUGCGAUCACCGGAAGAUCGGAGUAAAUUCAUGCAGACCUGUUUGCCCCAUUUAAUCACACUGACCAACUUCUUGAUCGCACUCGUUUUUGACAUAAUGUAUGCUCGCUAUGGUCCCACCAGUCGUCUGCAGGCUCUCCGCAAUUUCAUGUCCCUGGAAUACCUCAUUGUUCCACCGCUCCUAAAUCCCCUCAUUUAUGGCCUGAGACUGAACCAGAUCCGCCGGAGAAUUUUCAGAAUUUGCAGCCAGAAAAUACAUGCUCUGAAAUGA